UCUGCUUUGUCCAGUUAAAGGAAGCACGCCGGGGACAACGCCAUCACCACGCCAUCGGCUCGCACACGGUUGAUUGCCUCAGCACGGGAUCUGAUUCUGUUUUGUCUCUUUGGUACUCGGAGUUCGGAGGGGAGGUGCGAUCUUGAUGGGGCUUCCGCAGCUUCUUUGACGGACUCGCCGACAUAUUGCUCGUGGAGUCGAAAGUUGUAAUAGCCUGCCUUUGACAAUUUCAGUUCACUAGUCUUGCUGUUGGAGUUGUUUGGAUUCCAUAAAUUAAACAAGAUGUUCUUACUUUUGAACUGUUUAUGAAUUUGGAUUCUGGAUAUUACACACAAAUUUCUCACUACAAUGAGUGAAGAAGCAGCAGAGAGGAUUACUAUUUCUCUAACCCCUGAGCUAGCAAAGCGUAAAAGUUCAGUGGAAAAAAAUUCAACAGUGAAAAUAGGAAAGGGAGGUUCAACAUCUGAAGAAAGGCCAGCUCCUCAUUACCUAAGAGCCUCCACGACUUCUUGCCACCAUUUUUGCAAGUAUGGUGUAAAGCAUGAUUUUGAGGUUAAGAAAAGGCAUCCUGUUCGUAAAAGAUUCUUAGCUAAUAAAGACAUGUUUAUUGAUGAAAAAGAUGAAGUCUUAGUUGCUAAUAAGCUAGAAAGAGGAAUGAAAGAUUAUUCAGAAUUGCCACCUGAGAAGAUAAUUCAGAUUUCUGAAUUUCCAACAGAGAAGAUAAUCCAGCUCCCUGACUCACCUACAAAUCCAGAGGACGUUUCAGUUCAAGAUUCCAUUGUCAGGGAGUUUGGUUUUCCUUCAAGUGGUAAGAAGACUGAUUCACUUGUUGGUCAUGUACCUCCAAAUCAAAAUGACAGAUCAUCAGAGGAAACAACAAGCAUCCAUCUACUGACCCCACCAUCCGUCUCAACAAGCAAUGUGUCUGAUCAGUCACCUAAUAUGCCUGAAGGAUUGCCUCUGAAACCUAUAAGCAUCAAUCUUGAACAGAAGGCAAUUGAGAAUGUCAUUGCCUUCAGUGAGAUUGAACCGACAGAAGGAUUAUCAGCUGAACCUGUUGUAAUAAAGCUUAUUGUUUCAUCAUUGACUGGACAUAGCAAUACUUCAGUUGCACAUACAACUUCCAAUCAACCAGAAAGGAUCUGUGAAGAGCCAUUAAAGGAAGAUUCGAGUGCCACAUUUCCUAUACAAGAAAACACUGCUUCUAGUGAGCAUACUACUUUUAGUGAACCAGAUGCAUUGUCUGUUGAAGUGCCAAGCAUGAAGCCCAAGAAUCACAAGGAUGCAAGAUCUGCCCAGAAAGAACUUGCAAAUAGUGGCAUGACACAGAAAGCAACACCAUCUACUGCAAGUAAGAGAGGAAAAAAGGCAAAUCCCAGUCUAGCGGCCGAAGCAAAUGGAGAUACAACUGAGCUCAAGAUAGAAAACGAAAAUGUCGGUACCCAAGAAAGAACUGAAGUCAUAUGGCAUGCAAAGGUCAUGGUAUCUGGGACUUCAAAUGGAAAUGGAAAGAAUCCAUCAUCUGUAAGAAGGAAAAUGGUAAUUUCUAGUAUGGCAGACACUAAACAGAUGAGUAACAGAAACCUUGAAUCUGAGAUAACCAGGACAGCCAAGAAAAGAACUUCAUCAGCGUCUAAGACUACUAAUGCAUCUGCCGAAGCAACCAACCCCAUGAAAGCCAAGGAUCUCUCACUUAAAGCUAUGUGUCAAUCACCUUCUUCAGAAAAGCAUAAGAUAAGCAACAUUUCGAGCCAUUCAGGUAAAGGAGCGAACAGCAUACUGGCACAAUCCUUGAGCUCUCUAUCUGUGAGAUCCCUUACUAGCGAAGUUUCAAAAAAGACGAUAUAUAAACACAGGAAUAUAAUCCCCGUCCCACAGGUGAAAAUUGAAAAGGGAGCUGGGAGACCAAGGGUAGAAAGUAAUGAAUCUAGUGGACCAAAACCGGAGAGCAUAAAUCUCAGGUCUGUGAAGCAACACGUAAUGAAGCAUGGAGAAGUUAAUAAAUCUACUGGAAAAGAUGGUUACCCACGAGGAAUCUCCACUGUUUUCUCCAAGAAUCAAAUUGGUAAACCAUAUGGAAGAACUGCAAGCGUCCCGUCAGAUAAAUCAUCCACACGUCACAAGUUGAAAUUCAGCGGAACUAAGGUAGUAAGCCUUCAAUCUGACAAAAAUGCGCCAAGAAUACUCAGAUUCAGACCGGCUAAAAUAGCAAGUGACAAACAAAAUGCUAAAGAAGACGUCAAGGCAAAGUUCACCGUUAUCUCCAAGGGACAAAUUGACAGACAACAUAGAAGAACUGUGAGUCUCCACUCGGAAGAUAAAUUUUCCAGCCCUCAGAAGUUAAAAUUUAGCAGAGGUAAGGUAACUAGCCUGCAACCUGAGAUCAAUGCAUCUAGUAUUCUCAGAUUCAGACGUCGUAAAUUGGCAAGUGACAACCAAAAUGAUCAAGGUGACUUCAACGCAAAGUUUUGUAGAAGUGGUCGAAGUAUUUCAAACUCCAAUACUCCCAUCGCAAAAGCACUCACUAUAGUUUUGAGACAUCAAGAUGUGCAGGAAAAGAAAGACACACAAGGUUUGCUAAAUCAGGUGAUCGAGGAAACUGCUAGUAAACUUGUCGAGACCAGAAAGAGCAAGGUGAAGGCCUUGGUCGGUGCCUUUGAAACUGUUAUCUCUCUUCAAGAAGGCAAAGCCUCUCCUCUUCCAGAUCCAUCAACUCCCUUGGAUUCUUAAUUUCCAUGAUUGUUUGCAUCAUAAUAUUCUCUUCUUUAGCCAUUGAAUCUGCCGAAGAUCGGAUGCACUCUAAUAAUAUACAUGCUCUGGAAGGCGCCCAAAUGUCUCAGGCAAUAAUAAUGCAGUCAGAAUCAGAAUAAAAGGCUAACAACAGGUUGUUCGUGUGUUUGUGUUGGUCCUGCUACAUAUUUCAUAUAGGUUUUGCCACUUGUUUUUGUACUUUGGUCGUACCUCUACUUUUCUCAUUCCAGACUUGUCUAAGUUGUGUGCGACAGAUACAAAUAAUGUAGUUUACAAUUUUUUUUUUCCCUUUUGAUUUGUUUGUUCGGGGUCAAGGAAUUGAACAAUUGAACUUGA